AUGGACCUCAAACCAAGCGAUAAUGAUGCUUAUGCUGCAUAUGUCGAGACGCAGCAGGGAAAUCCGCAGGAUUCAGACGCAGUCGUUGAAAAUCCAAUGCUUCAUAUAGAUUCGACCGAGUCUAAAAGAAUCUUGCGGAAAGUCGACCUUCGCGUCAUUCCUAUUCUUGCGAUCCUAUAUUUUCUAAGUUUUCUCGAUCGAGGAAAUAUUGGAAAUGCCAAUGUACAAGGUCUCUCCACUAGCCUGAACCUCAAGGGCAACGAGUAUAACUGGGGUCUCACGAUAUUUUUCUUCCCCUACUCGUUUACGGAGCCCUUGUGCAACAUAUUACUUGUCAGGCUGAAGCCUAGCAUUUGGCUUCCGUCUAUUAUGGUAGCAUGGGGACUUGUUACCACUUUAACGGGACUAAUACAGAACUAUUCUGGGCUACUUGCGGUCAGAUUCUUUCUUGGUCUCUCUGAAGCAGGUCUUUUCCCCGGUUUGGCUUUUUACGUAUCGCUAUGGUACCCAAGAUCCAACGCCCAGUUUCGGCUCUCCCUGAUUUUUGCAUCUGCUUCAAUGGCCGGUGCAUUUUCCGGGCUACUGGCGUAUCUCAUCGUGAAAAUGGACGGUGUAGCAGGCUUGGAAGGUUGGCGAUGGAUUUUUAUUUUGGAAGGUAUCUUAACUGUCGUCGUCGCGGUACUAUCUUACAUGUUUGUCUGGGACGAACCGCAAUCUGCAACGUUCCUUUCAGAGCAUGAGAAGGCUGUUCUCCUCGAACUGUUGAAUGACACCGGAACAACAGUUUCUGCAAACCCCCAGCUAGGCCACAGCCAUUCUUUCGAGUGGAGGCAUGUGAAAGCUGCUAUUUUGGACUGGCAGACGUGGUUUCACUGUCUUGGUUACUGGGGAGCGGCCGUUGCUGUAUACGCUCUUUCGUUAUUCCUUCCUACGAUAAUUAAAGGGCUUGGGUACUCCGCGGCCAAUGCCCAGCUCCUCACAAUUCCAGUAUACUUUGCAGCCACCAUUUCCUGUCUCCUUGUUGGAUACUUUGCAGACCUAACUGGCCAGAGGGGAAUUUUCACUGCCGGGUGCUAUAUCACGAUCUUUGUGGGAUAUAUCAUUGCUGUCGCUCCGUCUCGUUUUAUACCAGGUCUCACAUAUGCUUCAUGUUUCAUUGCGGCAUGUGGAAUAUACCCUGCUAUACCCGGCCUCCUUGCAUUGUCGUCGAACAAUUUCGCGCCGACAUCAAAACGAGCCGUAGGCAUGGCAAUUCAGAUGGGAUUUGGAACCAUGGGCGGCGCGGCCGCUUCAAACUUUUACCGUACUUCCGAUGCUCCUCGUUAUCGUCUAGGGCAUGGCCUCGUGUUGGCGUUUGCAGGCUUGGGGAUGAUUGUCAUGAUCGCAUACCACUUCAUAUGCCGUGCAAUCAAUGCCAAAAGAGACAAGAACGCUGAGAGCACGUCACAAUACACCAGGGCAGAAUUGGUUGACAUGGGCGACAGAGCACCAACAUUUCGCUACAAGCUCUAA